AUGGCUUCAGCCCUGUUCUUCGCGUUCUUAUAUGUCCUCGCUCUCUUGCAGGCAUGUGCUCCCGUCAGUGGGAUUGAACUUAUUUACUGCUCGUCCAUGAAUACUGGAUCGAACUUCGACACCGUUAUUAGCGACUUUCAAUCAAAUGGAGCAUGUCGUGAGACAUGUAUUGGGGAUUAUGCAUUUGCAAUUUUGCAAGGCAAAUCGUGCUGGUGCUCUGACGCUGCUCCGGGUGAUACUACCGAUCUCAGCGACUGUAGCGAUGGUUGCCCUGGAUACCCCAAGGACAAAUGUGGAAACAGGCAAAGGCGCCUCUUUGCUUACAUCCAGCUUGAUAAAAAACCUUCCACCACCAUUGGCGGUUCAACCACUUCGUUGGUUAGUAGCCCUGGUUCCCUUGGACCCUCGACAAUUACCACCCCAACUUUCAUUUCAGAUUCCUUUUCCAGUUUGUUCUCAACGCGUAUCCAUUCUUUGGCGACAUCGCUCUCGGUUUCGAGAGUCGUUCCGUUGCCAUCUGGGCAACCGGGCUCCAGUGCCCAAGACAUUUUGAGGACCAUUUUAACCACUCUUAUACAGACUGGUUCUCCUGCUGUUUCUUCAUCAGAAACAGCAAGUUCUUCUUUUCCUUCUUCGACUGUGGACCGAACAACGGUCACAGUAACGCAAUCGCAUGAGGAAACAACCACUUUUCUUACUAUAAAGUCUUCCUCAGCGACCACCGAGCCGACAACUUCCCAAACCCCGGUUGUUUCUACGGAAACUGUUCCUGGAGGAAUUGCAACAAUUACAAUUCCGAACAGCUUCCCUAGCCACACGACAGAACCUUCUCGGGGUGCACAGGGCCUCAACGGUGGUGAAAUUGCUGGAAUCGUCAUCGGUACCUUGGCCGGCGUUGGCUUGCUUGUUGUUGCUGCUUUCUUUUUAUACAGGUGGCACCAACGCAAACAGCCUGCUCCUCAAGACCCGGAUGCGGAUUUCUUGAACCCUUACUUCGAGCGACCAGUUCCAACACCGAUUUUCCACCCUCCUCGUCAAGGCCCAAAUAACAAACGCAUUCCAGCAACUCUUACUGUUCCAUCCUCGAGUGAUACGCGCUUGAAGAAUGGCAUUUACGCCAAUGGAGGUCGCCGUAGCAAUAUCUCGCUGCAGGAUAACCAAGACUAUUCCCGACCUGUCUUGCGUUUGACCAACCCUGACCCUCCCGAAUCCAACUAA